AUGAGAUGCGUCGGGGCUGCUAAUCCUCCAUGCGCCCGAUGCCUUAAGCGUGAUCGUGAGUGCGUAGUUCGCCUUCCAAAUCGCCAUCAACGCCAUAUCCAACGCUCUACUAUUCCGGUUGAUCGUCUCAAUCAUACGGCUGUUAGUUCGAGGCGUUCUCCAGCAGCCAGUCCUUCUUCAACAUCGCCAAUUCCACCACCUACUGUUAAUAUUAACUCCUAUCAUCCGCCCGACUGGCCAUCGCCUAAGCAAGGCAGUCUGCCGAGUACUCAUCCAAUUCUACCUUCCAUAUUUUCCACCUCACCAAUCACCAUUGCCACGGUAAGAACUUCAGAGAGUGAUAACCCUCAUACAAAUGCGUCUAUUUCAUCCACCCAAUUAGAACCAGAUCAGAUCUCAGAUUCACUCAUCAUAGAUCUGGUGGAAUUUUUUAUCCAGAGAUUACUAUUCUACGUCCCGGUUCUGGCCUUGGAACCGUUAGAUGACAUUGAUUCUUUGAUAACCAGGCGACGGCCCCUUGCUCAUGCGAUGGCGUUCGUAGCCUCAACCUUUACUCUAGGUUAUACUGCAGCGCGCCAAUAUUUGCUUCCAUGUAUAUUGAAAAUCCUGGAGGAGGCAAAUAGUGAUAUGAAUUGCAACGAGGAAGAUAAUUGGACUUUACUGCAAGCGCUUGCAGUACUCUAUGCAUAUCCACGGGUGACCGCGGUAUCUAGACAUGUCGAAAAACAAAUUAACCCGUGGGCUGUAAAAUCUGCAAUUGAAACAAGGGCCAUGCAAGUUUCACUUCAUGAAUCCGUGGAGAACCUCAACAAUCUCAUCAAAUGCCAUGAACCGGAAAUAAUGUCAUCACAUGCAUAUCGUCGCACGUUCUACUGGCUUUGGUUAUUUGUCAAAUCUCGUCACCACUCUAUACUCACCAGAACACCGCCUACGAUACGCAAUGACUCGACCGUUGCCUCAGCAAUAGAUUUACUUCUCUCUUUAGAUUACCGACCGAGUGUAUGGAGAAUUGCAGCAGAAACAGCUCUUCAUCGUGUAUGGGAUCGGGCUGCUAGUGUCCAUAAAGGCUUGGCUGAAUGGUGGUGUGUCCCUCCUAAUACCAAAGAUAUUGGCUCCUUACUCGAACUUCUCGAAAAUGCCGAGACGUUGCUGCAAGACUGGGAAGAAACUUGGUUACAGCCUAGUCAAUUCAGUACCCCCAGCGCUAUUGAUCCCAACAAUCUUGAUGUAUCAAUUUUAGGAAAUUCGCUUACCACCUUCAUGGGUAUCCUAACUCGCUUCAUCAUUCUUUCGUUUGCAGCACACGUCGUUUCGCAUCAAUUAGCUGCCAAGAGAGGCUCAUCUACUAUUUCUUCGACUACAGCGCAGACACCCGAGCUACGUAAUUUUCUAAAUUGCGUGUUAAAAUCGUCAGAAGCAGCUAGUAAAUGCUGUGAUAGCAUUAUUGACUUAAAACCCGCCGCCAGGGAAUUUUUAAGGUACACUCCGGAUUAUGGGUUUACCAUGAUCUCUCUCUGUUGUCUUCACCUGGUAUAUGCAUACAACAUGUUUCCAGACAAUCUGACAUUAAAAAACUAUCUCUUAAAAGUCGAACAGGUAGCUCACCUAUUGAUGGAACUGAAUGCGGGCAGCAAUACAUGUCCGAAAACUUAUGGUGAAUAUGUCUUGUUUGACCUUCGCCAGAAAGUUCAAAAAGUCAAUGCUACUUUCGCUGAAAGUAAUUUCACGGACGAUGAAGUCACGAAUGGUCUUCGACUGGAUUACACUUCGAAUUACCAAGACCUAUCAUUAAAUGCUUGUGCAGAUCGCAAUCAGUUAGAACCUCUUCUGUUUCAUUUUGGUCUGGCGACUGAACAUGUUCCGGUGAUUAAUGACUUAAAUUAUGAAUGUAACUCAUUUCUGCAAAAUUCUGGAUUCCCUGACCUGUUGGACAUGUAUCCCGACUUUCCUCUAGAGUCAUCGCAACACCGGCUAUAA